AUGUCAAGUAAUGUUACGCCCGCCGUGCCCUCAACGUCAAAUAGUACAGGCGGUCCCCCGGCCAAGAAACGAGCGUUUCCGGGCACUGGGGAAAAUGCUGAUGACGCAGAUACUGGGAAUCCUAGUCUUGAAAAUGCUGUCUUACCUCGGGCAGUCAGUAACGCCAGCGGACAUACAAUGGUAUUUAGAAAAAAUCAUUCAUUUGUUAGCUACGGCGUGGCAAGUGUUCAGUUGGCCUUGGGUUCAAAUACUGCUCAACGUGUUGGCACAACCUGUUUAAUGUAUUUACCAGUUGAUAAACCGUAUUUUUAUUUAUCGUAUUCCGAAUAUAAAAAUAUUGUUAGUAAAAAAUUAUGGGUGUGCGUGUAG